AUGGAUCCGCAGGACUCCCCCUCUUGGCGAAGAGCUCCAGGCGCCUUGGAGGCGCUGCUGCCUUGCAUGGAUCCACAGGUUCUCAAUGGCCAUCCUGAUGAUCCAUUUGCAAGAUCGACGAGGCGUUGCCAGGCGUCAACCACGUCGGGCUGCGUGGAGUUCUUGCCACUGCCUGGCAACUGCCUCCAUGAGUGCUGUUGCCCAGCAUCGAAAAGGCGCCAGGUGGUCUUUUCAGUCACUUCAAUGGACGUGCAGGGCCGCCAGUGCCCGACCUGGCGACGUAGCCGAGGCCGUCGCUAG